AAACAUAUUCUACUCUGUACCAAAUAUAUGGCUUAAGAAGCUACUAAUUCUGUGAGCAUCACUUUCCUCAUCAAAUGUGUUACUAUUAAAAAAAAAAUGAGAAAUCUGAAUUUGAGUACUGAUAGGAUUAUGUGACAUUAAGGAAUUGUUAUUGAUUUUUAGGCUGGGUAAUGGUUUUAUGCAUAUGGAAAGGCUUUUUCUAAAAAGCCUUUUUCUUUUUAAAUAGACACUGAAAUAUUUACAGAUGAGAUAAUAGUAUCUGAAAUUUGCUUUUAAAUAAUCCAUUUUUGGUGGGAUAGGAAAAAUAAGUGGGCACUAUGAUGAUUUUUGCCAUUAGAAAAUGGAAUAUUGGGUUUAUUAUACUAUCCACUCUACUUUGUAUAUAUUUGAACAUUUCCAUAAUGUUAUAAAAAAUUGUAAAGAUUCAAUGAAAAACUUAUCCGAAAGUUAUAUGCAUUAGCUAUGUACCUGAUAUGCAUUUGAUAUUGAUUUCAUAAAUGCUUGAAAUUAAUUCAAAGGGACAAAGACUCAAGAGAAAAUGGUUAACGAUAUGAGCAAAACAUGGAGUUCCCUGGUGGCUCAGUGGGUUAAGGAUUUGGCAUGGUCACUGCUGUGGAAUGGGUUUGAUCCCUGGCCUGGGAACUUACAUUCUGUGGGUGUGGCCAAAAAGUGUGAGCAAAAUUUGAGAAAAAGGAAUAAAUUUGCAAGGUGGGUUGGAUUAUAUAUAAGAGCAGAAUUCUUUGUAAAUUUGUUCUUUGUCUAGAAAGGUCAGUAUAGCAUAGCGAUUCUGAGGUAGAAAAGGAUUUUGGAUUCUCAGAGUCAAGAAAACAGAUAAGCAUUUGUUGCUUGCCUAGGCUAGUGUGUGUUGCUGUGCAUGUUGGCCCCGCAUGAUUGGGAUGUGGGGUGUAUGAGGGAACCAUAGAUGUUUUGGGGAUGUGCAUUUAAGAUCUAUAUGGUGAAACUAAUGAAGUAGUUCUGGAAGCCCACUUGCGGAAGAGCCUAUGAGUGGGUUGCUAAAGAGAGAUUGAUAAAGCUUGUCUGCUUGAGCUGGUAAGGUCAGAAUCAUUCUUUGAACUCAGGAUCUGUGUGCUACUUCCAUUUUCUAAACCAGCAGUAGCUGUGGGCAUCCUUCUGACAGAAACUGGGAGCAAUUUAGAACAUCCCAGUAGAUGCAUCUUGGAUACUUACUUGUCUUUUGAUGUGAUCCAGUGGGAAGGCUCCAGGUAAAAGCUGUGCCCAUCUUUUGAAGCCACGUGGUAGCUGGUGAGGCUGGGUUAAGGUCCUGCUUUGGAAGGAUGUAUCUUUUCCAGCUCCUCCAUGUCAGUAGCAGGCAAGUCUACACUGGGGACAAAUGAGAUUGGUCAGGUAGACCCAAAGAGGGUAGAAGCCUGUGCAGAGUUCUGAAGAAACACCUGUGGGGCUUCUGUGUCAGACUGCCUAAAGAUGGGGGUGGGAUCUUUGGGACCAGAUGGGGAAGUGUUGUCUUCCCCUGGGGUGGCUGGGACUAUAUGGCCUUUGAGUGAGAGUCCCUGUGGCUUAGAGUCCGACGGGAUGAUGUGAGGGGAACUGUCCCUGAGGAAAACAAUGAUCAGCAGUUUCUGGAAGGGGUUGUGGAUCUGGCAAAGGUUCCGGUGAUCUCAUCAGGCUUGGGUAGUGCGGUACCAGCACAAAUCCACCUCGGCUCAGCAUGCCGAGGACCUCUUGUUUACUCUCCACCGCAGUCUGUGUUGUGGGGGAGAAACAGGGAGUUGGGCGCCACCGAGGCUGUGCCGGGCGCGUCUCCACCAGGGCUGGACUUUUUCAGUUAAGUAUGGAUCAGCAGUAAGCACCCUUUAAGCCUGACUACUUUGCUGCUUUUCUGUGACUUUUCCCUGACUUUUCUUCCCUGUAGAUAUCCCAACCUUCUCUCUGCUAAACUAGUUAGGUAGAUGAUUCUUUUGUGGCCUGGGGGAGGUGGAGAGAUGCUUCAUUGUACCCCUUAGACCAGAUGUAACAGGGGUGUUGUCAGCAGAGAGAGCUAGUGGAACUGAAACAGAUGAGGAAAGAAGGGUCCUGGAGGACUAAAGUGGGUCCAUUUCUGGCUUAUGUUUUUGAAAAGAGUUAAAAUCAAUUUCCCUUCUUUUUCUGAAGUUGAUUACUGUAUGUUAAGUACAGUGUCAGGUGUUGGGGAUAUAAAAGUGGAUAAAUCAUGGCUCGUGUCCUUAACUAUCUCACCAUGUGUGCUUAAGUGUAAUAAAAAAGAGAAAAAUCCACAACAUGGUUGAUAAGCAUUAUAUAGCAUUACUUAUAAGAAAGAUGUUGUGGGGCUAAUUAUAUCUUCCUAGAGAGGGUCAUUAAUUGAAGGAAGAUGGUGAUAUUUGGGUUGUACUCAUUUUGCUAUACAGCAGAAAUCGACAUAACAGUGUAAAUCAACUAUAGAAACAAAAACCUUAAAAGAUGUGUAGAUAUUUAUCAGACGGAGAAGGUGCAGGAGGGUUGUGGAGCAAAGGAGGAGCAUUCCAGGCAAAGGAACUAGCCUGACCCAAGCAAAGAUCUCAAGAGUGUCAGGUGUGAGGUGGCCUGGAGCGUAAGGUCUUAGGCAGUGGUAUUAGAAUGGUAUGCAGAGUGGGACUCGGUAUAAAACAGCCUCAGUCUAAGGCAUUUGCAUUUUUUUAAUGCAGACUUUUCUAGUGAUACAUAGCAGGUAAUGUUUUGUCUGGAUGUGAAAGUCUAGGUGUAGUCAGUUUUGUUUCUAGCCUGAAUGUUGAUAUGGGUUUUUCUUCUGCCUAACACUUUCCAUGCUGCUUCAUGUUAAACAGGUGUGUAUUGAAUGCUUACAGUUUAAAUAAAAUGGCCGUGAAACUUUGCAGUGACUGGAAUGAGCAAAAAGGUAUAAAAAUGACCAUGUCUUAAAGGAGUUGAGAUUUCAUACAGGAGACCAGAUUUACAGGCAUGCAGAAGUAUGCAAGCAUUGAAAAAAAUGGUGAAUUUUUCAUGUCUCCCAAUGACUUUGUCACUCGAUAUUUGAACAUUUUUGGAGAAAGCCAGCCUAAUCCAAAGACUGUGGAACUUUUAAGUGGUGUGGUGGAUCAGACCAAAGAUGGAUUAAUAUCCUUUCAAGAAUUUGUGGCCUUUGAAUCUGUCCUGUGUGCCCCGGAUGCUUUGUUCAUGGUGGUCUUCCAGCUAUUUGACAAAGCUGGCAAAGGAGAAGUUACUUUUGAGGACGUUAAGCAAGUUUUUGAACAGACCACAAUUCAUCAACGUAUUCCAUUUAACUGGGAUUCAGAGUUUGUGCAACUCCAUUUUGGAAAGGAAAGAAAAAGACACCUGACGUAUGCAGAGUUCACUCAGUUUUUACUGGAAAUACAACUGGAGCAUGCAAAGCAAGCCUUUGUUCAAAGGGACAGUGCCAAGACCGGAAAAGUCACAGCCAUUGACUUCCGAGACAUCAUGGUCACCAUCCGCCCUCAUGUCUUGACACCUUUUGUGGAAGAAUGUCUAGUAGCUGCUGCUGGAGGUACCACAUCCCAUCAAGUUAGCUUCUCUUAUUUUAAUGGAUUUAAUUCGCUCCUUAACAACAUGGAACUCAUUAGAAAAAUCUACAGCACUCUGGCCGGCAACAGGAAAGAUGUAGAGGUGACUAAGGAGGAGUUUGUUCUGGCAGCUCAGAAAUUUGGUCAGGUUACACCCAUGGAAGUUGACAUCUUGUUUCAGUUAGCAGAUUUAUAUGAGCCACGGGGACGUAUGACCUUAGCCGACAUUGAACGGAUCGCUCCUCUGGAAGAGGGAACUCUGCCCUUCAACUUGGCUGAGGCCCAGAGGCAGAAGAAGGCCUCAGUAGAUUCAUCUCGACCAGUUCUCCUGCAAAUUGCUGAGUCAGCCUACAGGUUUGGUCUGGGUUCUGUUGCUGGAGCUGUCGGAGCCACUGCUGUGUAUCCUAUUGAUCUCGUGAAAACUCGAAUGCAGAACCAACGGUCGACUGGCUCUUUUGUGGGAGAACUUAUGUAUAAAAAUAGCUUUGACUGUUUUAAGAAAGUGCUGCGCUAUGAAGGCUUCUUUGGACUGUAUAGAGGUCUGUUGCCACAGUUAUUGGGAGUCGCCCCAGAGAAGGCCAUAAAACUUACAGUGAAUGAUUUUGUGAGGGAUAAAUUUAUGCGCAAAGAUGGCUCAGUUCCCCUGGCCGCAGAGAUUCUUGCUGGAGGCUGUGCAGGAGGCUCCCAGGUGAUUUUUACAAAUCCUUUGGAAAUUGUCAAGAUCCGUCUGCAAGUGGCUGGAGAAAUCACCACCGGGCCCCGAGUCAGUGCUCUCUCUGUCCUAAGGGACCUAGGGUUCUUUGGGAUCUACAAGGGUGCCAAAGCAUGCUUUCUGCGAGACAUUCCUUUCUCGGCCAUCUACUUCCCAUGCUAUGCUCAUGUGAAGGCUUCCCUUGCAAGCGAAGAUGGGCAGAUUAGCCCUGGAAGCCUGCUCUUAGCUGGCGCCAUAGCGGGUAUGCCUGCGGCAUCUUUAGUGACCCCUGCUGAUGUUAUCAAGACGCGAUUACAGGUGGCCGCCAGGGCUGGCCAGACCACUUACAGCGGAGUGAUAGACUGCUUUUGGAAGAUACUGCGGGAAGAGGGCCCAAAAGCUUUGUGGAAAGGAGCCGGAGCUCGUGUGUUUCGGUCCUCUCCCCAGUUUGGUGUAACUCUGCUGACCUACGAAUUGCUACAGCGAUGGUUCUAUAUUGACUUUGGAGGAGUGAAACCCAUGGGAUCAGAGCCAGUUCCUAAAUCCAGGAUCACACUGCCUGCUCCCAAUCCUGAUCACGUGGGUGGCUACAAACUGGCAGUUGCAACGUUUGCAGGGAUUGAAAACAAAUUUGGACUUUACCUACCUCUCUUCAAGCCGUCAGCAUCUACCUCACAAGCCCUCAGGGAGGCCCAUAGGAGGACUAGCCCUGGGCUGUUGCUGUAGCUUUGUUGUUACUGCAGUAAAGGAGGCCCCUUCUCAGACUGAAGCAACGCUUCAUUCCUUUCACGUCCAUCUCCUGUUUAAAUGCAAGUCAAUGCCUUUUAUAAGGUGAAAUCAUUUAUUUUUUGUGUGUUUUCUUAACUAGAUCAUUGGGAAAUUAUUUGUAAUUAGUCUUGGGGUCUCUGCUCACCAACCUAACAUUUGCUAGGAUUUGGUAAACACUAACCUGACUUGGGGGAAGGAAUAAAUCUGAAUAGAAAUUAGAACCGUUCUCCCUGGAUUAGGAUUAGAGUCCCACAGAGGCUACUGAAAGGCAAUCAUGGUGCUCAGAGCAAGUGGUCUGUGUAUAUUUAACCUGGUAGGAAACUGGGUGCAUACUUAUAAAAGUAAAAAACACUGGAAGAAAUGAAAACAUUAUCAGAAAGAGCCAGCUUGGCUUCAGAUUUUAAACAUGCACUAAUUCUGUCUCUGGAUUAUAUUAUGAAGCUUUUAUGUGAAACAUGUUCUUUUGUAAUGAAAGCCACAUUGAAGAUGUUUAAUAAUCAUAUUCUGUUACUGGUACUAAGACUACUGGGGUAAAGUCUGUGUACUUUAGGGAAGUACUCUUGGCAUUUUACUCUAUAGACAGAGAAAUUAGGAGACACAGCACCUCUCCUGGUCGGGCUCAUUUUGGAUAACUGCACAUAUAAAUCACGUGUGCUGAUGACUUCCUGUGUCAAUCAACACUGUAGGAAAAAACUUAUACCCCCCAUUACUGGUACCUGCUCUCACCCCUGCUGACCUCUUGUAUUUGGCAUCCAUUUGCCUUUAAAAUCCAUUUUAUCUUGAAUCAUGUAAGGCAGAUACAUUGUAAUAAUAAGUUUUUACUUAAUUUGUGGUGCCUUGCACAGUGGUCAGAAGGCUCAAGUGUUUGUGAAAAAGGAAAUAAACUAUUUUUAAAGCGA